UAGGGAGAGGAAGAGGUUUGAAGCAAUUGAAAUGCAGAAGUUGAGGAAGACAGCUACGAGGCGGUGCCGGAACUGUUUGAGUCCAUAUAGAGAUCAGAACCCUGGUGGGGGUCGGUUUAUGUGUUUUAAUUGUGGUCAUGUUUCUAAGAGACCGGUUUUAGACUUGCCUGUGCCACCCGGAUUGGGGAUUUCAAAUUCCAGUAUAGUGAAGGACUUGGUUGGAAAAGGUGGCAAGAUAUUAAAUAGCAAGGUUUGGUCUGAAAAUGGGUGGAUGUGUGGUCAGGAAUGGUUGGAGAAUGGUAAUUGGGUUGGUGGAUCUAUUCCAGGUAAUCCUAGCAACUGGAGGACGAAUGGAAAUGGUGGUCUUUUUGGAGGAGAUGAGCAUUGUUUGACAGAGAGAUCAUACUGUGGUAUUUUGUUUUUGGUUUGCAAGCUUUUGACAUCUUUUUUCUUGAGCAUUAGAUGGCUCUGGAGAAAGACUUUUAGAAUUAGUUCAAGGGAAGAGUGUUCGUCUGAUGCUGAACAUAGGGCACUCUUAGCAAAACGAGGUGAGAAUGGGGCAAGCCUUAAUGAAAGUAGAGGAGAAAAAGCACGUAGGAAAGCUGAGGAGAAAAGGCAGGCUAGGCUAGAAAAAGAACUUUUGGAGGAGGAAGAGAGGAAACAGAGGGAGGAGGUUGCAAGGUUAGUAGAGGAGCGUAGGAAACUGAGAGACGAGAAAGUGGAAGCUGAGAAAGAUCACAGCAGAUCAUCAAAUCUCAGUAAGGAGAAAGACCGUAGGAAGGAUGCUGAAAGGAAGCGUCAGGAAAAAAGAAAAGAGAAAGAUAAAGGGUCUAGUAAGAGCAACUCUGAUGUUGAAGAAUUGGAAAGAAGAGCUGGCAAGGAAAGUGAACGGAAGCGGGACUUUGACAAAAAGAGUGAAAUAGAUCGUAGAGAGCAUCAGAAAUCUGGGUUAGAUAGUGGCAAGGGACAGAGUACCGACAAUGCACAUACUAAAAGUGUCACUUCAAACAAUUAUAACCGAGGAGGUACUGGAACAAGGUAUCUUGACCGCAUGCGUGGAACAAUUUUGUCCUCUUCAAAAGCAUUUGGUUUUGGCAGGGGUACUAAUAUUCCUAGCACUGGGGUGAAAGAAAACAAGUUUAGUAGUUCUGUAGAUCAUGUUCAUACUUCUGCCAGCAGGAGAGAAAUAGGCCUUCAUGAGCGUUCAGCUGCAAAACCCAAUUUAAAUGGAGAUGAUAAGAAUAUCAAUCACUCUGUAAUCCCUGAACCACAGCCAUGGACAGCAGCACCUAAAAAGUCAUGGCAGCAAUUAUUUACUCGAUCUUCACCUGUUCCUCAAUCUUCAAAUGUAAUAUGUAGACCAAAUUCCAAAGUUCAAGCAGAAGUCAAAAGCCCUCAGUUAUCUGGCCAGUCACCAGUUACAAAAUCAUUUAAUAAUCCUAUUCAGUUUGGUCUUCCAUCACCAUUUAAUAUUUCUACCCAUGCAAGUGGACCAACCAGUAUUAGUCUAGGUUUUUCUCCUCCAAUUGAACCAUUUUUUUCUCCAGUUGGAAAUACAUCACAUGACUUUAGACAAGAGGAUCAAGAGCUUUUUGAAGACCCCUGUUAUGUUCCUGAUCCAGUAUCCUUGCUUGGGCCUGUUUCUGAGUCACUUGAUAAUUUUCAGUUGGACUUGGGAACUGGCUUUGGGACAGACAAAGAAGUGGCAAAACCUCAUUCUCUAAAAAGCAUGUCUGCUGGUUCUGAUGUUAAUAAGCUAUCUCCAAUUGAGUCCCCUUCAUCCCGAGAAAAGCAUAGCUUUUCUAAUUGGUUUCCCAGUACCCCCAAUGACCAAGACAAGCAUGGUUUUCCUCUGGACGAUGCAUCUGCUAAUGAGAAGGGAACAUGGCAGAUGUGGAGCUGA